AUGGGGUCUGAGGUCGCUAUCACGCUCGCCACUGCUAAACCGAAACUGAUCAUUCUCGCCCCGCGAAAUAAGGCCAAAAUCAACCCGGUACUUGAAGCCAUUCGUGGGUUUGAUGAAAAUGUGCAAACUGCUUUUGUACAACUUGACCUUUUGGACAACCCUACUGUUAUUGAAGCAGUCGGCAAGAUCAAGAACAUCACUCCCCAAAAUUGCUUUCUCCUCAAAGAUGGUCUCCCUGAUGAAAAGGGAUCGAUCAUCAGACUUGUCGAGACUGUUAAUGCCCUAGCACGCCAUUAUCCGAUUCCAGUCUCUAACACGCAUUCAUACACUAUGUCAGCCAUGGCUACUACACCGCACGGUCUAACAACCGUUCAACUUGAUCGGUAUCUUGAAUACAUUGGGCUUCCUCAACAAUUCCGUCGACCUGAGAAGCCUGAAUUGAACGCCGAGUUUUUGACAGCGCUGCACAUCCAUCACAUCGCGGCGUUUCCAUAUGAAAACUUGUCACUGCAUUACACAAAGUCAGUGGAUAUUAGUCUCGAUGUGCAGCAUCUAUAUCAGAAGUUUUUGCGAAAUGGCCGUGGCGGCUAUUGCAUGGAGACCAGUGUUCUUUUCAACCACAUCCUUCGCGGACUAGGAUUCAGGGCAUAUCUGACUGGGGCGCGCAUUCGUCCAAGGAAAGAUGGGAUUCCCCAGGGUCCUUAUUCUGGAUGGUGCCAUGUCGUGAAUAUAAUUGUUCUACCAGACGGCAGCCGUUAUUCCUGUGACGUCGGUUUCGGUGGUGACGGUCCAACAAAGCCUCUCCCGCUGAUUAGUGGGAAUACUAUCGUCAAUCUUGGAUUACAGGAAGUACGAUUCCAGUACAAAGUAAUUCCAGGCUAUCUAACAGAGCCACAGAAGCUCUGGGUAUAUCAGUACCGCAACGGCGCUACCAAGCCAUGGAGCUCAUUCUAUGCGUUUGGAGAGGACGAGUGGCUGCCACGGGAUUUUGAGGCCAUUAAUUACUGGACGAGUACUUAUCCAGGUAAUCACCAGACAUAUACCAUGUUGAUUGUGCGAUUUUUGAAACGUCCGGACAGUGGAAUAUAUGGGAAGGUGAUGUUGGUGAAUGGUGAUGUUAAGCAGAACCUUGGCGGCAAGACGUCGCUUCUGUUAACCUGCAAGACCGAGGACGAGCGUAUAGAGGUUCUGAAGAGCACUUUUAAUAUCACUUUGACAGAUGAAGAGAGGGAGGGAAUAAAAGGGAGAGUCGCAGAGCUGCGGUCUUUUCCGAACUAG